UUCAUAUUUGGUGCCCAGACCUCGAAAAAGUCCAAAUUUCCCCAAGAUCGGUCCCUCGGGUCUCUCUGGUCAGGAUCUCUACCCUGUCAAUUCACGGCGAGGAAAGAGCUCGGAGCUUCAGCGAUCUAGCUUACAGAAGAGAGAAUUGCCCGGGUUUUAAUUUGACCGUUCGUUGUAUAAUUUCUCCCAGUUUGUGCCGACCGGUUGCGGGUAUUUAAUAUUCGACUUCAAAUGGCUGGAAGGACCCCUAUCGCGGCUAAAAGUUCGGCGCUCAUCGCCAUGAUUGCUGAUGAGGACACUGUCACUGGGUUUUUACUGGCUGGUGUUGGUAAUGUUGACUUAAGGAGGAAGACAAACUAUCUCAUCGUUGACUCAAAAACAACUGUGAAAGCUAUUGAAGAUACCUUCAAGGAGUUCACAUCAAGGGAGGAUAUCGCUAUUGUUUUGAUCAGUCAAUAUGUUGCAAACAUGAUAAGGUUUCUAGUUGAUAGCUACAAUAAGCCAGUUCCAGCAAUUCUGGAGAUCCCUUCAAAGGAUCAUCCUUAUGACCCUACUCAUGAUUCAGUGCUUUCGAGAGUGAAGUACCUCUUCUCUGCUGAAUCAGUGGCAUCGGGAAGGCGCUGAACCUUCCAUUAUUUCUUGUGGCUUCUAUCGAGUAGCUGUAUGUUCAUUUGUCUGCCAGCAUGUAAAUGCGUAUUGUGACUUAUAACUAUCUGCUAUAGUGAGGGGCAUUGAUGACUUAAUAAUUAAGGCCGUGUUUUGGUGCUCUGUUGAGCUUGGCAAUCUUCAAGGUUGAUGUAUUGACAAGAAUCAGUCACCCUUUAUCAAGUGAAACGGCGAUCUUGAAAGGA